GUCACCACCACUACCGCUGUGCCAACAUACUGCAACAUUUGAAGUUUCUACGAGACUCUUCUCUUCCCAGCGUAUCUAGACUCUUGCGGAGACAGGCAGACUUGGCUCUCCGACGGCCCGACGUAAGAUUUACCAAGACGAAGCAUUAAGGUUAGCUUUACUCGAGGAUUUUUGUGCAAACGAGGAUCUUGAAGACAUGGACCACUUUCCGACGAGCUGGGGCCGUCCGCGCAACGACGCGGUGGACAACUUCAACACCUAUCCGCUGCACCAGCGUGCACAGCAUGGGAAGGAUACUUUCGCGGAGGGCGUGCAGCGGACGCAACAGCCUAUUGUGACUGGAACAAGCGUACUUGCGAUUAAGUACAAGGAUGGGAUUAUGAUGGCCGCAGAUACCCUUGCAUCAUACGGCUCGCUCGCUCGCUUCAAGUCCGUGCAGCGCUUGCACGCAGUGGGCCGGACGACCGUGCUCGGCGCGUCAGGCGACAUGAGCGACUUCCAGUACCUGCAGGGCAUGCUCGACGAGCUCGUGACGGACGAGUUCACGGCGGGGGACGGGAACGAGUUUGCGCCGCAGGAGGUGCACGAGUACCUCGCGCGAGUGAUGUAUGCGCGCCGAUCGAAGAUGAACCCGCUCUGGAACGCGCUCCUCGUCGGCGGCGUGCGCGACGGGAAGAGCUUCCUCGGGUACGUCGACCUCCUCGGCACGACGUACCAGGCGAGCACGCUCGCAACCGGCUACGGCGCGCACAUCGCGCUGCCGCUCCUCCGCCAGGCUGUUGAGACCCGCGAGGACACUCUUGCUGAGGAAGAGGCGAAGAGGGUUCUCACCGAGAGCAUGCGCGUGCUCUUUUACAGGGACGCGCGGAGCUUAAACAAGUUCCAAAUUGCGAAAGUCACCGAGACGGGCGUCGACAUCUCAGAGCCGAUUGUGCUCGAUACGCACUGGUCCUUUGCAGAGGGUAUCCGUGGGUACGGUGCGCAGACACAGUAGGUAUGAACGGCGAGCGAUGCGAAGUGUAUUGAUGCUGUGUAUGCUGUUUGACUACUGUUCUGAUGCCAAGUGUAAAUGUAAUGUCCUGCACUGUG